UGACCACAAAUCAAUAGUUUAUGAACGUUAACAUAUUAUAGAUGUGUUAUAUGAAUAUGUGUGAAAUGCUUCAAAAUAUUUGAAUCAAACUUCAAUGUUUUAUAACUAAUGAUCUGGUAUAUAAUGUAAUGCUUUUAAUUCACUGGAUAAAAGGACCUCAAUUUUGAAGUCUGAUGUUGUCAUUUACUGCUAAGGUUAAGAUUUUACCUUAGAUAAUUAUUUUUAUUUAUGAUGUUUUUAUGAUGUAACUUAUUUUUUAAAAGGACGAUGAUGAAUGAACAGAUCAUUUGUUGAGAAUAAGAGUGAAAUCUGUACUGUAAAACUCUCCUGUCACUUUUCAAUAUCCUGCUAUUAAUAGGAUUGAUUAUUAAUGUAAGUGUUCAUCAUUCCAUAAAUAUCCUCGGAUGUAAUUGAUUUUGUGUUUGAUCUCGUUCCUCUCUACAGAUGAGAUUUCAGGACAGGGUGUCACUGCAGAGGUCCAGGAAAAUCCGGAAACUCUCACCGGUGACCUAGAGAUCCUCACCACUCAGGAUCCACUCGCAUGUGUACAGAAUCCAGUCCUUUGUGACUCCCACGUGCACUUUGGGUUGGACUCGAACAGUGGUGCUGUUCAAAAUCCAGUCGCAAGUGAGUCGGAAAGGGAUGAAGAAAUCCAGCAAACUUCAAUCAGUCAGUCUGAAGAGAAGCUGGAAGACGAGGAGAAGCCCGGUGUGAUCAUUCAGGGUGAAUUUACUUCCAUAAUCCCAACAUACACAUACACACUUUCGCUCGUAUGUAAUUAGAACAAAUAUUGUUAAAAUAGUUUUUAUGUUAACUACAUUUCUGCAUCUCUUUUAAUAGAGAUCAACUCCUGCUUGUAUAAGAUCGGUGAAAUGCUGGGGGAAGACAGUUCUGUAGCCGUCUAUGAAGGGACCCGUGUGCAGGAUGACUUGAAGGUUUGUUUUGUUACUUACAGUAAAUACCCAGCAAAUAGUUUUUCGUCUGGUUUGUGCUACUCUGUUUAAUAUCUCGCUCUGUCCUUUACAAACCUUCUCAAUGUAUCUUAUUUCCACUAUUAAGUGCUCGGUCUAUUUCUUACAUGUCUGCUCAUGAUGAAUGCUUUGAAUGAAAUUAUUUCUGCAUGACUUGACUGUAAAUCAUUUCUUUGUUUUGUUGAUUAGGUGGUAGUGAAAUAUGUCGAUACCACUAAGCGGGUGGAUUAUAUCGUCAUCGUAAGUAGUACCUGUUCUUCUUCAACUGAAAACAUCUACAUACGCUUUUUACAUAAACAUAUUGUCUUUAGUUUUUCCAAAAUUUGAAAUUUGUCUUUCUUCUAGCCGGGUUAUCCUGCACCCCUUCCACGUCAGGUGGCUCUUCACAUGCUUGCAUGUCAGGGAGAUGACGUUCCUGAGAUUGAACGGCUCGUGGACUGGCAGGAGUAUCCGGACCAGUUCGUCAUGGUCCUGGAGCGCCCUUCUCCCUGCGAGGGUUUGGAGGAAUUUGUUGCGAGUAACGGGGGAAAACUCGAUGAGGAGUCAGCCAAGGAGAUCAUGUGGCAGGCAACCAUGGCUGCCCACAUGUGCUGUAAACGGGGGGUUUUCCACAGGGAUAUCAAGCUGGAGAACUUCGUCAUAACAGCAGACACCCUAGACCUCAAACUGGUCGACUUUGGGAGCGGUGAACUACUUCAAAAGUCGGCCUACAAGACGUUUACAGGUAUGUUAGACACAUUACCAUUUGGAUAAAUGAGAUGACAGCAUUCAGAUUCAGCGCUAGGCUCACUUUUAGUGGCUACAAAACGCUGUGGCAAUGUAAACGGUGACAUGAAUCUGUUUUCAUCAGGCACGAGAGACUACGCCUGCCCUGAAUUUUUCCAAACGGGCGAGUACUAUGGAAAGCCGGCGACGGUGUACUCGCUCGGGGUGCUGUUAUUCGCCAUGUUGUGCGGGAAAUUCCCCAACUGCAAUGACCGGAACUGGAUCAAUGAGAGGAGGUGGUGCAAAGACGGCUUGACUGAGGGUGAGAUCUUCAUCACACCAACU